AAAAUACGUUCAAGACGAAACUAAAAUCUUAACCCUUGUGCUUGGCAAAAAAAACACACAUAGUGUGUAUAUCAGUUGAAUAAUAUAGCGAGAACAUUAUUGCUGGUUGUGUUAAUUAAUCGUGAGAUUAAUUGAGCAGAAUUAUUAUUUUAGUGUUGAGGCGUAUUCAAACGACCUUGAUAACCACGCGAUAUAAAAAAAAUAAUUUAGUUUAGUUUGUUAGAACGCAACGAAUCAGCAACAGUCGAUGUAAUCAGAUAUAAUUUGUUAUUAAAAAAAAUAUUUGCUAAUUACCAAUAAUAUGGCCGGAAUAUUCGACAUAGAGCUGCACGACGGCGAUAAUGUCGAUCAAGAUGAGUCUGAUGACGAUGAUAUUCUCGAAGUUGCGGAGAGCGAGUACAACACGCAUCCUGAUGUGAAUGAAAUUUUGGAAUCCGAGGAUGUAGAGAGAGUUCAACUCUCAGAGCAGACUGUUAAUCCUAGCGAUGAAAAGGUCGGCCCUAAGGAUUUCGAACUGUGCAAAAUUUUAGGCGAAGGUGGCUACGGAAAAGUAUUUCAAGUAAGAAAAGUAAGUGGUAAAGACAAAGGAAGUAUUUUCGCAAUGAAAGUCUUGUGCAAGGCCUCGAUUAUUCGGAACCAGAAGGAUACAGCUCAUACCAAAGCAGAGAGAAAUAUUCUUGAAGCGGUAAAACAUCCAUUUAUUGUUAAUUUAAUUUAUGCAUUUCAAACAGGGGGUAAACUUUAUUUGAUUCUUGAGUAUCUGUGUGGCGGUGAACUAUUUACUUACUUAGAUCGUGAAGGAAUAUUUCUCGAAGAUACGGCCUGUUUCUAUUUAUCUGAGAUAAUACUCGCGCUCCAGCACCUCCAUAAGUUGGGGAUAAUUUAUCGCGACUUAAAGCCUGAGAAUAUUCUGUUGGAUCGCGAAGGCCACGUUAAAUUAACAGACUUUGGGCUGUGCAAAGAGCACAUUCAAGAAGGAACUGUGACUCAUACGUUUUGCGGAACGAUUGAGUACAUGGCACCGGAAAUAUUAACAAGAAGUGGCCAUGGAAAAGCUGUAGACUGGUGGAGCCUUGGUGCUUUAAUGUACGACAUGUUGACUGGCAUGCCACCAUUUACUGCCGACGAUCGUAAAAAAACUAUUGAGAAGAUAUUAAAAGGUAAGUUGGCUUUGCCGCAAUAUCUAACGCCAGAUGCCAGGGAUUUGAUAAGGAAGCUCCUGAAGAGACAAGUACCCCAGAGAUUAGGGUCAGGUCCUGAAGAUGCCGAACAGAUUAUGAAUCACAACUUUUUCAAACAUAUCAGUUGGCAAGAUGUUAUCUCGCGUAAAUUGGAGCCGCCUUUCAAACCAUCUUUGAAGAGCGCUGAUGAUACGUCUCAGUUUGACGAACAGUUUACGGCAACUGUCCCUGUUGAUUCACCUGUCGAAAGCACUCUAAGUGAGUCUGCGAAUUUAAUAUUUGAGGGCUUUACUUAUGUUGCUCCAAGUGUUCUGGAAGGCUUGUACAGCCAGUCGAAAAAUUCUCGUAGCCCACGACAUCAGUCUCUGAGCUCGAGUCACAGAAGAUGUUAUUCUCCGGCAGCUAACAACCGACUAAGUUAUCAGUUACAAUCCAGAUUCACGCGUGGGCGCAAUAGUCUAGAAGAUUCAGAAAUGAUGGAUGUAGCACAGCUUUCGGAGCAUUUAUAGUUAGCUCGAGAAAGCAGCACUAGCAUAGACGCGUCUUAAUAAAACGCCCAAAUUAUACACAUAUAUAUUUUUUUGUUCUUUUAGCUGAGUCAACGAAUGCUCGAGA